AUGGGUGGGAAAAUUGAUAGAACUAUUAACAACGGAACAUCACCGCCUAUAUUCCGUAUUAAUGGUCAAAAUUUUCAUCGCAUUGGGAGCUUAGUCCCUUCAGUUGGCAUUCAACCUAAAUUUGCCCAAUUAUACAUUCACGAUACAGAAAAUGAGAUAGAAAAUCGAUUCAACUCUUUGAGGGCGCAAAACAAUGGUUCUACAUUGCAUGUUGAGGUAGUACACGACAUUAAGCAAACGCUAAAUGAACACAAUGUGUUGGUUAAGUCAUUCCGAAUGGCCAAGUCGUUUAUUGAAUCUAAUCCUCAAACUCAUAUAAGAAUGAGAUUAAUAGGAAAGAGGACCAAAGAUGCCAGAACUUAUGCGCUUCCAACUACAUCCGAGGUUGCCGCUCUCAUUGUUGGAGAUAUAGACCCUUACAUGGGACAACGGAAGAUAUACAUUUUGCUACACAUGGUACUAAACAAGACUUUUCAAGAAAAGAGUGUUUCACAAAGAGAGUACUUCGCGAUCCGUAUACACGAAAGAUCAAAUGAGAUUUCAACUAUAAUGUAUGCUAAAAGGUUAUUCCAGCAAUUCUUGGUUGAUGCAUAUACUAUGGUUGAAUCUUCGAGGUUACUCUAUAUUCGGUUAAAUCAAAAAGCUUUGAGGUGUGAGGCCUACAAAGGUCUCUCUGAUGCGCUGACGCGAGGUGAAGUUCAACCCAGUUCUCAAGAACGCUUCUUGGAGAAAAGAAACUUGAAAGCUGAAGAUCGCCCGGACAUUGUUUGCCGUGUUUUCAAAAUGAAGCUAGACUGUUUAAUAAAGGAAAUAAAAAAUGGGAAACUAUUUGGUCGCGUAAAGGCAGUUAUAUACACAAUUGAGUUCCAGAAACGUGGUCUUCCGCAUGCUCACAUAUUACUAUUCCUCCAAGCGAACAGCGAAUUUGCAGACCCGGCCUUUAUGGACACGAUCAUUUCAGCCGAGAUCCCUGACAAGGUGACAGAGAAUGAAUACUACAAACAUGUUGGAGAAUUCAUGUUGCAUGGCCCGUGUGGUGCUGCCAGAAUCAAAUCCCCGUGCAUGGCAAAUGGCAAGUGUUCAAAGCAUUUUCCAAAAAGAUACAUUGAUGCAUCGCAUUUUGACCAAGAUGGUUACCUGUUGUAUCGGAGGAGGGAUGAUAAAAGGACAAUAAAAAAAAAUGGAAUAGAUUUGGAUAAUAGAUAUGUUGUACCACAUAAUCGGUACUUGCUCUUUAAAUACAAAUCCCAUAUUAAUGUUGAGUGGUGUAACCAAUCCAGGUCAAUCAAGUACUUAUUCAAGUAUGUAAACAAGGGCAACGACCGGGUCACUGCUGAGUUUUAUAAGGCUAUGAUCGAUGGAGCUGGUAACGAGAUUGUCGAUGAGAUAAACAUGUACUAUGAUUGCAGAUACGUAUCUGCAUGUGAGGUAACAUGGAGGUUGUUUAGUUUUGAAAUACAGUACAGAACUCCCCCGGUUGAGCGAUUAAGCUUUCACUUGCCGGACUGCCAAUCAGUUGUUUUCCAAGACGAUGAUACGAUUGAUAAUGUCCUCAAUAGGGAAACCGUUGGGUAA